GUUGGCUGCCACCAGUUUCUCUCCGCUCUGUGCAGAAAUAUAAGGAGGUUUGGGGCUACCUCUCGCCACUAUUUCUCGAGUAUCUCCAUUAGGCAGUAAUUUGAACAAUGAGUGGCCGUGGUAAAACCGGAGGCAAGGCCAGAGCUAAGGCCAAGACUCGCUCCUCCCGUGCCGGGCUCCAGUUCCCAGUGGGCCGUGUUCACAGGCUGCUGCGUAAAGGUAACUAUGCAGAACGUGUCGGUGCAGGCGCCCCUGUCUAUCUGGCUGCUGUGCUGGAGUAUCUAACGGCCGAGAUCCUGGAGCUGGCUGGAAACGCCGCCCGCGACAACAAGAAGACAAGGAUCAUCCCCCGUCACCUGCAGCUGGCUGUCCGCAACGACGAGGAGCUCAACAAGCUGCUGGGUGGAGUCACCAUCGCUCAGGGUGGUGUGCUACCUAACAUCCAGGCUGUGCUGCUGCCCAAGAAGACCGAGAAGCCCGCCAAGACUAAGUAAAGCUACUGCUUCUCAUCGCUACCAGCCCCAAAACGGCUCUUUUAAGAGCCACACAAUCCUCACAAAGAGCUCCAUUUCUUGGAGUGGAUGGAUUGUAUUAAUGUAAUAGUUGGGUUUCAGUCACGUGGUUAAAAUGACGUGCGAAUUUUGGUUGGAGGGCAGGAAGUAAACAGCAGAGUACAGCUAUGGAGGAAACCGCAGAAGAGAGUCCUUGUCUUUAGACUCAGUUUCGAAACAAAGGUACACGGAUUUAACAAUCUAAUAUGUUGGACGUGAUCCGUAUUUAAUGAAAAUUAGUGAGUUUACCCCAGAAUUAACGGCUUUGCCGAGAAUAGAGUGUUAUUUCAGACAUCGUUAUACACUAAACAACAAAUGAAAGCAUAUGAAAGUCUGGAAGCAUAUAAUUUUUUUGUUAGCGGGUGGGUCCACAAUCUCGGUACUGAACGGCUCUGUGAUGAUUAUUGUCUGGUAUUCGCCAGGGUGAGUUUUUGUCUUUAGAUUGAUUUAUACUAGUGGUGGGCAUAGAUUAAUUUUUUUAAUCUAGAUUAAUCUCACUGUAAUCUUGGAAUUAAAAUAGAUUAAAAUGUCUCAUUCAAAUUCUGCCAAAUGCAUAUGUGUGUGUGCUACCUAGAUCAUGAAUAAAAGCAAGUCUUUGAGAAUGGAGGCAUAUUUCUUGUUUCAAUAAUGCAUCAGACUGAUAAAGCAGAUAACUGAUGAUGAAAAUAAAUAAUGAUCAAUAAGUAUUUGUGUUUAAUAGCUGUUUAUUCAGUUCAACAAAUUCUGCCCUGUAGGUCUACAGAAUAGGUCAUGAUUAACUAUUUACAGUCAGUAGCAUUUGGUCAAUCAGUCCAAGCUCUAUUUCUCCUUCUUCCACCAGUCACUCAAGCAGACCAGCUUGUUCACAUUGUCUGGUGACAAACUAGAUCUUCUCUUCUGCACAAUAUGGCCUGCUAAAGAAAAAAGUCUCACAUGGGACAGUUGUGGCAGGAGUCCCCAAAUAUUUACGGGCAAUGUGGGCCAUCUUACCAUACACAGCAGUGUGUUCCGACCACCACUUCAGUGGACACUGAUCUAAAUUGGCACUGGGCUCUACCUUGUACCUCUCCACAGUGUUGUCUACUGGUGUCUCCUCAUCUGAAUCUGAGUCUGAUCCCAAUAGUAGAAGGGCUCUUUUCUUCUUGGGUGGCUCAGGGUUCUCCUCCCUGAGUGGCUUCAGAGUAGGUUCUUGUCCCUUCACCAACUCACGUAGCUUUACCCACACCGGCUCCCUCUCUGCUCUGGGCAAGCACUUGAGGUCCUUAAAUCGUGGAUCUAAGGCAGUCGCCACCUUUAAUAAAUAAAACAAAAUAAUUAUUAUUGAUGAAAAUUUCACUUUCCAAAUCUAACCUCCAUAUUUGUUCACGACUCCUUCAUCUAUUCAUUUGACCAACCUACUAGAUGGCUUUCAUUUCCACUGCGCAGACCGCAAGAGCGAUCACUCUGGCAAAACCAAAAGGUGUAGGUGUCUGUUAUACUAACAACAGUUGGUUUGGUGUUCUGAUGUGACCAUAAUCUCCCAGCACUGUUCUCCUGAUUUAGAAUGCCUACUCUUAAACUGUAACCCUUUGUACUCUCCCCGUGAUUUCUCCUCAUUUAUUCUGGCCACGUCUACAUCCUGCCGAGCGCAGACAUGCACGCAACGCAGCGUGCACUUGUGGAUAAAAUUUUGUGCGUGGAGUAACAAUAUUGUGAUUCCAGCAUUGUUCCAACACUCAUUGUUCCAACACUCACCAGACUCACCAAAACAAACUCCUUCAGGUUACCUUUUUACUGUUUACUUACAGAUGACUUAGUGCAUCUGACACCUGCAUUCUAGAAGUAAAAAUGAAAAUCACUGCAAAAGUAAAUCAAAAAUAUAAAUUUCAAACUCAAACCCUAUCCUGCAGUGAAAAAAAAGUCAAUAUAAAACAAAGCAAUGUCAUUUCAAUAAAAAUGUUCCUCUAAAAAAAUCUCAGUUAUUGUAGUUUCUUGACGCUCUCCUGCAGGUCUUCCAGUGUUUUCGCUAGGGCUAGUAGCUCUUUUGCGAUAAGCAUUGGAUUUGGACAGUAAUAUGAAGUCCUGGUUUUUUUUCUAUUUUCAUUGCCAUUUUGUCUGCCUCUUUCUUCAUCAUCUCACUGCUUUUCAUUAUUCUUCUCUGUUUUGCUUUGACAUUUUCUAUGUCUUGGUGGAGCUUUCUUUUCUUUUCCUCUCAUUUGCAGUUUGUUCUUUAUUCUUUUUUUCAUCCUUGAGGUAUUGCACAUACCUCAUUCUGGCUCCUUUGCAGUGUUGGAGUAGGUCUUUUGGCAGGGCUUCAUUAACUGCACGCUCAGCCAUUGCAUCCUGGACCAGCCACAAUGCUAUCAGACUCCUCUCUUUCUAGUUUUCCACUAGCAUGUCCUUGUUUACGGAGUAUCCUCGCUCCACUGCUGCUUGUCCAUGAGACAGCGUUAGGAGACAUUUCAUCAUGUCCCACAGUGCUGCAUACUCUGCUCUACCACUGAUAAAUCUCCCAAAAAAUUCUUCAAGCCUGCAUCUGUAUGAAAAAUCUUGGAAUUCUGCCUUGAGGUUUACACUUGCAUGCACUCAGAAAGUUUUAUACUGAGCAAGGAUUUUGUCGCACUCUGAGGCAGUGCACCAUCCUGCAUUGAGGAGAACCUGUAGGAGUUUCUCAAACAUUGCUAUUGCACGCUCAGUCUCUGUUACCAUGAUCACAGGGUCGAGGGAGCUCAUGUGCCACACUGCUGGAUACACAAGUGGACUUCUCUCCAUAAUCUUUUUGCAUGUCACAGCAAGGAAAGUGACACAUUCGUUCAUGAACACCUGUAUGUUCACUGGAUUUUCCUGGAGCUUUUCAGAUGCUUUCUGUAAAGCUUGUUUUGUGGCAAAUCCAGUGUCCAGUUGUUUGAGUGGCACAUGGAUUGAUUUGUUUUGCACAUCAAGUUUCAGCAGCUGGACAGGUGUUUUCAUCUUCUCCAAUUAUUCUCUUUUAAUAAAGCAUGACAGCAGGCAUCUCAGGAUAGACUCAAGCUCUUUUGCAAGGAAAGACACCAUUGGUGCAUUUGUCUGGAAUUUCAACAACAAAUGCAAAAAACUGUAGCUUUGCCUGAAAGAGAGGAUCAGCUGUGGCCUCUUUUACUGUACAGUAGGAAGCAGAUGAUGGUACUUUGCUUUUUGGGAGUUUCUGGUGGCUGCUGAUGUACUGUUGCACAGCUGGCCACACUUCCAUUGCCCGCUCUGCAACUGCCAAGUCUUCAACCCAUCGAUGGUGUAGCGUGAUGAAGGUUCUCUGAUUUGUGCCAAAGGUCACAUUUGCCCAGCUGGGUCAAGCUGGGUCAAACAGUACUUUGAAUCCACAGAUUAAACCCAAGGAGCCACAAUGUCUGCUCAAGACCAUAACAUCAUAUCUGUUGUUCCGUCCCGGAAGAAGGACACUUCAAGCCACGAUGAUAAUAAUUAGAUACUAAUUAAUAAACUCAUUGUUUUUUUACUGUUUAAUAUAAUCAUUACAACAUGAUCACUUGGAGGGCUGUGCAGUGGCGCAGUGGUUAGAGCUGUUACCUUGCAGCAAGAAGGUCCUGGGUUCGCUUCCCGGCCUGGGGUCUUUCUGCAUGGAGUUUGCAUGUUCUCCCUGUGCAUGCGUGGGCUCUCUCCCGGUACUCCGGCUUCCUCCCACAGUCCAAAAACAUGACUGUUAGGUUGAUUGGUCUGUCCAAAUUGUCCUUAGGUGUGAGUUUGUGUGUGCAUGAUUGUUUGUCCUGUGUGUCUCUGUGUUGCCCUGUGAUGGACUGGCUCUCUGUCCAGGGGGUACCCCGCCUGAUUGCCCGUUGACCGCUGGAGAUAGGCACCAGCCCCCCCCCCCCCGCGACCCUGCGUGGACAAAGCGGGUUCAGAAAAUGGAUGGAUGGAUGAUCACUUGGUUCAAUACAAAGGUAUUUUAAUUACAUGAAAUUGAUUAUUAUGCUUUGGGUAUAAUAAUGAUUAAUUAUAAUGAUUAUAAAGAUGUGUUCAGCAAAGAAGACCUUCACCCUAUCCAGCUAACACAGAGUUCAGAUAAACAAUAACUGCAUAACAUGUUUUUGACGCAUGUUCAAGCUUUCUUCCGGAGAGAGAGGGAGUGGUUCUGAGAGAGUUUGGUAAAACUAACCAUAACAGAUUUCACGUCCAGUUCUGAACAAGACAUCAUCCUGAGGAGUCAACAAGAAUGGCUAAAGAAUGAACAAAACUAACGAACUAAUGAAAGACUCUCCCAGAGUCAUUGAUUUCUGAAGUUAAGUUAAACGAGAACGUUCAUCUGCCAAACGCUUCA